AUGGCUCGUACUAAGCAAACUGCCCGUAAAUCUACUGGUGGCAAAGCCCCUCGUAAGCAAUUGGCUACCAAAGCUGCUCGUAAGAGCGCACCAGCCACCGGUGGUGUUAAGAAGCCACAUCGUUUCCGCCCUGGUACCGUUGCUUUGCGUGAAAUCCGUCGCUACCAGAAGAGUACUGAGUUGUUGAUCCGCAAAUUGCCUUUCCAACGUUUGGUUCGUGAAAUUGCCCAAGAUUUCAAGACUGACUUGCGUUUCCAGAGCUCUGCUGUCAUGGCCUUGCAAGAAGCUAGCGAAGCCUACUUGGUCGGUCUCUUCGAAGAUACCAACUUGUGUGCCAUCCAUGCCAAGCGUGUCACCAUCAUGCCCAAGGAUAUCCAAUUGGCCAGACGUAUUCGUGGACGGCUUUUCGUUAUUCACGUGCCGAGGGCAGGUAACAUCGAUUCAUCUUUGGCCUGGCGUAGCCUGGAUGCAGCGGAAGAAAAGAGUCAAGGCAUCAACCCUUUGCCAAGACUACAACAACAACAACAGCAAGCCACGGUAAUAACAUCGCUAUUAGGUUUUACCGUGGGCUUUCCCAACGAUUAG